UUAAAAAGUCUUUUAUCUUUGCUCAGGAAACAAAAGAUAAGCCAAUCCACGUCCUGCCUACAGGGACUAUAAAUACUUGAACAUUGGAGUCGACGUCACUUUUGGAAGUCUCUGACAAGAUGAGAACAUUCGCCGUCAUUGCAUUAGCCCUGUUUGGUUGUGUCAUUGCUCAGCCAGGUGGUGGGGGUUUGAACCUGGACAGACUGUUCAACCAGUACGCUGGAAAUGACCAGGUCAUAAGCCAGACAGAGUUUGCCAGAUUCUGGCGCCACUUUGAUGAUGAUGGUGACGGUGAUGUGACCAAACAAGAGUUUGACAGAGGCUGGAGACAAGAAGGAUUCCCCAACCCCCAGAAUGCCCCUCUCUUCUUCCUCGAGAUGGAUAGAGUUCCCGAUGAGGUUUUGAACAAUCUCGAUUACCCACACAUCUUUCAUCUCUUUGAUGAGAACGGUAACGGUGAGCUCACCCUGAGAGAGUUCAGAUACAACUGGGAAGCUUACUUCUCUGACAACUAAACACCAAAACAAAAGAACCAACUGGUUGUUUGUAUUUGAGAAUUUUUGUAGCAUUCAAUUUUGUCUUUGCUCGUCGCUACGAGUCAAUUGGCAAUGACAUCAAAAUAAACGAGAAAGUUAUCAAACAAAAUCAAA